UUUAAGCAGUUCAUUGAGUUUAAACUUUUGAAAAAUUUAACUUUAACUUCAGUUUACUUUUUUCUAACUUGAGCUUUCGUAUUAAAUCAAACCUGCUUGGCUUUUGGAAUAAGAACCGAAGGUUCGUAACUGAUAAUUCUUUAAAGUGUUGUUUGAUCUCUUGCCUUGAAAGUUGUAGGAGAUGUGGUAUUAAGUAAUUAAAAAAUUCUUUUGUUUACCAUUUGGCGAACGAUAUCGUGGCUGUGUGCAGUAUGCAGGCUACAAACUUUGACGGUGAUGGUGCAACCUGAAUCGCGAACGGGUUCCGCUCCCUAAGUGGCGUUUGAUUCGGUUGGUUGUCACUGGCUUUCUGGAGCAUCCUACCAUGAUUGGCCCGAAGCCCGAAGUUUCCUCCAUGGGAAUACAAACCAGUCCCCUGGUAUCAUCGUCCAGUGAAUCCGAAUUCCCCACCGAGCCCCAUUCGCUGGAGAACACUCGCAACAAACAUCGACGACGCACUCUGCGAUGUCCGCAGUGUGGCUUUGUCGGACGGGCCAAUGCGUUCUACGAUCGUCAACCUAACUUCAAACCCUGCAGCCCUGAAUUGCAGGUGCAAGAGCUGGUUCGGAGUGCCAGUAAACUUCGAGCAGGAUUGUCGAAUUUGUCGCUGCCAUCGUCCGCGUUCACUGAGUUGCACUCUAAAGAUGCGCUGUCCGAUGCCGCAUUUAUUACGCGAUUAUCAUGUGUUUUAAAAUCUCCCAUUGAAAUCAAGAGCCCGUUAGCGUCCAGUGUUAAUCAGAAUCCGCUGGAUCAAGUUUUGAAUCGUGCGCCUUUACCUCCUGAUCAUCAAUCGCCAAGUGACAGUGUUUUCUGUUUCGCGGAAAAGACAGUUAAUGAUCUGUUUGAAGUGGGUGUGGAGGAUGUGGAGACUUCCGAUGCAGCGGUACAAGCCAUAUCUUCCACACAGGACAUCGCCACCGCCGUGUCGCAGACGGAGCUCGGUUCGGUUAUCGAUGUUGCACACGUGCCCAGCGUAUUUUCCGCCGUAUCAGGCUCGGAUGUAGGGAUUGUCUCUCCCGCUCACGAGAGCAUUCGCGUGACGCUGUCGGAUGUGGAGCGUUUCACAGCCGCUCUGGAACAUGGAAAAGUACAACCUAUUCCUUCUGCAGACGCAGCGCAUGUUAAAAGUAUAGCUUCGAGUCUCACGGAUGCGGAAUCUGGUUUGUUGCGACCCACAUCACUGGAUGGCCUGAUAUCGAAGGAUUCGUUAUCCGCUACAGUUUUACCGGAAACUCAGCAUCCUUUCACUCGUUCAGUUCCCCGCCUCCGCCGCCACCACCACCAGUUUCUGCGUUGCUGCGGUCAGAUAAUGGAACACUCAGUCUUUCUCCUGGAUCUCUUCUUGGAUCUCAAGCGCAGAUUCCUCUGCCGCCGCCUCCACCUCCCGUGUUUGGAAUGGCUUCUUCCGUACCUCGUGUGCUGAUAUCUCCUUCGGUUUCCGGUGCACCUCCACCUCCUCCCCCACCUCCACCAGGAAUUCAGGCCGGUCCCCCACCGCCUCCUCCGCCACCAGUCAGCGGACACGGAUUUGCGCCAGCGCCUCCACCUGGAACCCGAGCAGGCCCACCCCCACCACCGCCCCCUCCGGGAUUGCGUGGAAUUCCCCCUCCACCCCCACCAGCUCCCAUCAAUGGCGUGCGACUACCACUGACUUCGCCCAAUACUUCCAAUCCACCGGCAUGGCCUGCACCUCCUCCGGGUGGUUUCGGUGUUCUCAAAAAAGUUCCGCGUAAACCAUGUAUUAAGCCGAAAGCAGAAAUGACACCGGUUUUCUGGACGAAAAUCUCUCUUCCCAGCAUUCUUCCUGAUACUGUGGUCAGUGAUUCCACUUCGGAAGCCGAUUUCGUUAUGGUUUCAAAAGCCAAAUCAUUGUGGGAAAUUAUACCGGAGGUUCCAGUUAACGAAGAGGAACUGGUCGACAAGUUCUCUAAAAAGAAGUCAGAGGGAAUUAAACUGAAGACAAAGCAGUCGGCAGUCAACCAGAAUUUAGCUUCUCAGAGCAAGGAAAAGCUUAGAAUGGCACACAUUUUCGAUGCGAAGCGGAGUCAAGCUGUGGGAAUUGUGAUGAAAAAUUUGAAGAUAGAAGGAAAGAAAUUAACAGCGGGCGAUAUUAAAACAGCGCUGUAUGAAGGCCAGACGGAAAAAUUAACUGCGGAGAUUGUUAAACGUCUGGACGAAAUGAAAGCAACACCGGAAGAAUUGAAGCUGAUGCGGGAUCAGCUAACUCGAGAACCGGAUACCCCAUUGGAUGAACCCGAAAAGUGGCUGCUGGAUUUGUCGCAAAUCUUGCAUUUUGAAACUCGACUGUCGUGCCUGCAAACAUUCUUUUCUUUCGAAGAGAAACUGAAUACGAUAACAAACCCGACUGCCGCUCUGCAGAGUAUACUAACCACUCUUACCAGUUCGGAUUCCGUUAAAAAUAUUCUGGCUAUAAUUCUGUCGUACGGGAAUUACAUGAACGGAGGACAUGGGCAGCGUGGGCAGGCGGAUGGCUUCCAGUUAGAUUUAUUAGGAAAGUUGAAAGAUAUUAAAGGCAAGGAUCCGCAAGUGACCUUUCUCUCCUUUGUGAUGGACAUCUAUAUCGAAAGACAUGAGAAGAAAACUUUUCCUGAUUGCCCGUUUCCCUUACCCGAAAGCAGUAUGAUGCGUGAAGCGGAAACCGCUGAACCAGAAGUCGCUCUCGAAGAAUUGAAACAGAUCGAAGCUACUCUCACAAAAACUGAGAAACAAGUGGAAGUUGUGACAUCUUCGCCCACAAUUAGCGAUACACCAGAAGAAGGACAGGGUUUUGUUGUGAAAAUGUCGACUUUCCUCGAUGCCGCCCGGAUCCGAUUGGAUGAUGCUCGUACUCUGGUCAAAACCUGCCAAGAAAAAUUUGAACAGGCUGUCCAGUUUUUCCAGUGGCAAGGAAAAGGUAAAAAGGAAAAUGAACUGAUCAAAGAGUUCGUGGGAAUCUGGAGUGCUUUUGCCAACGACGUCAGCGUUAUUUGGAAAUCUUCGCAGCUGAAGGCUAUAAAAGAAAGGCAAGCGGCAGACCGACGUAAACAACAGAUUCAGCAUGAUCAGCAGAAGCGUGUAUCGGUCAAGACUGUGGAAAAAGGCGGCUUUAAAGAGCGAAUGUCUUCGCUGAUAAGCAAGCGCAAAUGUACCGUGGGAGAGUCCGGGACAACCACACCCAAAUCAAGCAUGUCCGUUUGAAAUACAAGAAACCGAGGAUUUAACGGGUUUCUUUCCACCCAGUCCUAUUCUUGCUGGGAUUGGAUGCUUUGGUUUUAAUGCAUGCCGAUCACAGCCGAUGUUAUUCCGGUGCUCGCUAGUCGUACCCAUGAGGUGAUUAAUUACUGGACACGGACUUGCUGUUCAGCAGUAAAUGUGUGGUUCAUCCGUUACGGCGUUGAACCGUAUUCCAUACCAUGCUGCGUUAAGCUGGAAACCGGGCACUGCACUUUGCAGAUUGCAAGAAAUUUCUGGUCAGCAUUAUGAUCCCAGUGACAUAAAAACUGAAAUGAAUUUCCGUAACGGUAUAAGAGUGUUCAAAAAUUAUCCAUAAGCUGUGGAUUCUGACACAUUUGGAUUUCUUUCUGACAUCCAUUACGUUCGGUGAUGGGAUGAUGGCUUUGCUAUCGCUUUUUGAUUUUUAAAACACUAGCACGGAAAGACUUGAUAAUAUAAUAUAACGCGAUAAUGUGAACUGGUCAUUUGCGAGCACGAGGUGAAAAAACCUCAAAU